UCUAAAGAAAGGAGAGAGAAAUAGGUAAAACCCUUAUAAACCCUUUUUAAAAAAACCACUAAAAAAGCUUUCUUUAGCUUCUGUUCUCACUGAAAUUUUAUUGAAGGCAUUAAUGGCGUGCGCCACCUUCAGUCUCGGCGGAGCAGCCACCCUCAGACUCAACAACGGCAGUAGUCUUCACUCCUCCAAACACAGCGCCUGCCUUUUCCAAGCUCCAUUCCGCUCCAUCUCCGCCCUCUCUUACCGGGCCUCUCCUAAUUCUCACUCCAGCUUCAACUGCUUCUCCCUGAAAUCACAACCUUCGUUUUCUAUCAAAGCCCAGAUAACAACCACCUCUGCUCCAGCUGAGAGAGUUGUGGUUUUGGUGAUUGGCGGAGGAGGAAGGGAACACGCGCUCUGCCACGCUUUGAAGCGGUCCCCUUCAUGCGACGCCGUUUUCUGUGCGCCUGGCAAUGCCGGGAUUUCCAACUCCGAUGACGCCACUUGUAUUUCGGACCUCGACAUCUCUGAUAGCUCGGCUGUGGUCUCCUUCUGCCGCAAGUGGAAUGUGGGACUCGUUGUGGUUGGACCCGAGGCCCCUCUCGUUGCUGGGCUAGUUAAUGAUCUGAACAUGGCUGGAAUCCCAGCCUUUGGACCCACAAAGGAGGCUGCUGCUUUGGAGGGCUCUAAGAACUUCAUGAAGUCUUUGUGUGAUAAGUAUGGAAUUCCCACUGCUAAGUAUCAAACAUUCACUGAUCCAUCUGCUGCUAAGCAAUACAUAAAAGAGCAAGGGGUACCCAUAGUUAUCAAAGCAGAUGGGCUAGCGGCGGGAAAGGGAGUUACAGUAGCCAUGACACUAGAGGAGGCAUACGAAGCUGUAGAUUCAAUGCUUGUACAAGCGGUUUUUGGCUCAGCCGGUUGUCGUGUGAUUGUUGAGGAAUGUCUAGAAGGAGAAGAAGCGUCUUUCUUUGCUUUAGUAGAUGGAGAGAAUGCAGUUGCUUUGGAAUCUGCCCAGGAUCAUAAACGAGUUGGAGAUGGUGAUACAGGGCCUAAUACUGGUGGUAUGGGGGCAUACUCUCCAGCCCCUAUAUUGACAAAAGAACUUGAGGAUGUGGUCAUGAAGUCUAUAAUUCUCCCAACUGUGAAAGGAAUGGCAGCUGAAGGUUGUAAGUUUGUUGGGGUACUAUAUGCUGGUCUUAUGAUUGAGAAGAAGUCUGGCUUACCAAAACUAAUUGAAUACAAUGUGCGGUUUGGAGAUCCAGAGUGUCAGGUGCUGAUGGUUCGGUUAGAGUCUGAUCUAGCACAAGCGCUGCUUGCAGCAUGUAGAGGAGAGCUAAGUGAUGUGUCUCUAAGGUGGUCUCCUGGAUCAGCCAUGGUUGUGGUAAUGGCAAGCAAUGGGUACCCUGGUUCAUACCAAAAGGGAACUAUCAUAAAAAACCUUGAUGAAGCUGAGCAUGUUGCUCCAUCUGUGAAAGUGUUUCAUGCCGGUACUGCCUUAGAUUCAGAGGGAAACUUCAUCGGUGUAGGAGGGCGUGUUCUUGGGGUCACUGCUCAAGGAAGAGACCUGGAAGAGGCAAGGGAUCUUGCAUACCAAGCUGUUGAACAGAUUAACUGGCCUGGUGGGUUUUACAGGCGAGAUAUUGGUUGGAGAGCACUGCCUCAGAAACAAUUUGUAACAAAAAACUAAGCUUAUUCUAUAAAAUUUAAAGGGGGAAAAAAAAUUAUGAGAAUAAGUGUUUAUUAUUUGAAAUGUAUGAACUUUGAGAAAGAGACUUGGUUUAUGGAUUAAGUUCCUCUUCACCUAACAAAGAAGGUGAUCAAGUUGAGUUCACUAAUUCAUAAUUGUUCAACACUA